ACCAUAUGAUUUGAUAAACAGUGAGAACUGUUAAAUAAACAGUAAUAACAAGUUUUGUUGUGUUUUAAAUAAGACCUAUACAUAAUUUUACAGGUUCAUGAAAGAUGAAAACAGUGGUGGGAAAAGUGGUGGUUUUGGGGCACCUAGGUGUUGGCAAGACUAGUACAAUAACUAGAUACGUAGAAAACUCGUUUAGCCACCAAGUCACCCCUACCAUUGGUGCAUCGUUUUUUACAUGCAAAAUAACAGUCCAAAGUAUUCCAAUCAAAAUGCAGAUAUGGGAUACAGCGGGCCAAGAAAGAUUCAAAGCCUUAGCACCGAUGUUCUACAGAAACGCGAAUGCUGCCAUUUUGGUUUUUGACAUAACCAAUCAGCAAUCAUUCGAUAGCAUCAAAACUUGGGUGGACGAGUUAAAAAGAAAUGUGGAGGAGGCUAUGGUGCUAUGCGUGGUGGGAAACAAGAUUGAUUUGAUGCAUGAAAGAAAAGUGAGCAAAGAAGAGGGCUUAAAGUACUCAAACAGUAUAGGUGCUUCAUAUUUUGAAUGUUCCGCCAAAGAUGACCAGGGAGUAGGUGUCGUUUUCGAAAACAUCGCCUUGGGCCUUCUGAGGAUGUCUGUUGGUAAAUCCAAUAACACCCUGAAAGUUUAUGACGACGAUAUAAACGAUAUAAUGGCGAAAUCGAGUGAACUGGAUGCCACAGAUGUGGGUAACGAAGAAGUAGUCAGUAUUAGCAUCAAAAGUAUUGCGCAUGGCGAUACUGUCAGUUCAAAAUGCUGCUAGAAUUAAAUAUUGUUUUUACGUAAACAGUCACCAAAGCUCAGAUUUUGGUGCGUAUUUGUUUUAUAAAUUUAAAGACUGCUUGAUUUGUGGUAACUAGAAGUUUAAUGGGUACUAAAGUAUUGUUUUUGUCUACAUUGUGUAGAUAUCAUUUUGUAUCUUUGUAAUGAACUUUUAACACCAGCAUGAGGCUUAUAUACUUUAACUAACGUUUAUAACGAAGUUUUUUUGUAAAUAAUGUAUUUUUUAAUAAUUAAAAUAAAUAAAAAAU